AGCUUCCACAUUUCAUUUGAGCAUUCUGAAAACAUCACAAAAAUGUCGAACAAGCAACCAGACUCGCAUAGAUCAAAGAAAAUAAAAUGCUGUUCGAAAGACUUGAAGAAGGUGCCAAAAGCAGUGCCGAAAAGAACCCCACCACCAAAACCAGUGGUGUGUGAUCCCAUAGUGAAACCACCAGAGCAAGCAAAGAUCGCUGACAAACCCAAAUGCAAUCAGCCCAGCUACUAUCGAUCUGAGGCACAGCAACGGGACUAUCUGCAACAGGAGGUGGUGCCCAUCUUGAUGGAGGGCAUGCUGGGCCUGGCACGUGAGCAGCCGAGGGAUCCCAUCACUUAUCUGGAGGCCUAUUGGCUAAAGGAUCAGCACAAAUGUGAUAUUCAACUGCCAAAGGAUUUGCUAUAGAUUGAACUAUAGGUUGCACCUGUAUUCUGUAUUCUCUGUAUUAAAAUUUCAAAAGAUGUCUAGUAAUAAAUGUGCCCUGUUCUCGUUUGA